AUGAUUGCAACAUAUUUUGAUCAAUUUAAUAUAGUAAGCCUGGUGGGCCCAUUUACCAACUCUUGAAUGAUGAUGAUGGGGGCAUUAAUCGUGAUAUUACUAUUCCUUAUAGGGAAACGGGUUAUACCGAAUGUCUGGCAAUCCAUAAUGGAAUUGGCGUAUGCGAAUAUAAGGGGGAUGGUAUAUGAUAAUUUGGGGAAACCCGGGCAGAAGUACUUUCCAUUUAUUUUGAGUUUAUUUAUGUUUAUUGUGGUAUUAAAUGGGUUGGGGGUAUUUCCUUAUGUAUUUACCCCAACAGUGCAUAUAAUAAUAACAUUUGGGAUGUCAUUGUCAAUCAUAAUUGGGGUGACUUUGUUGGGAUUUUGAGGGUUUGGGGGUAAUUUCCUGAGUAUCUUAAUGCCAGCGGGGGCGCCGAUGGUAUUGGCGCCGUUUUUAAUAGUAGUGGAGGCGAUAAGUUAUGUAUCUCGGGCGAUAUCAUUAGGAGUGCGGUUGGCUGCUAAUUUAAUAGCAGGCCAUUUGUUAUUUUCUAUUAUAUCUGGAUUUGCCUUUAGUAUGUUAGUAGGGGGCCUGGCGUUGCUGGGGUUAUUUCCUAUGCUAAUUAUGGUGUUUAUCACUUUAUUAGAGAUGGCAGUUGCCGGGAUACAGGCGUAUGUCUUUUGUUUAUUGACUACGAUAUAUUUAGGGGACACUAUAGCAUUGCAUUAG